AUGGACGCCGCCAUAGACAACGCCAUCGUCGUGGCUAAAACAGCUGGAGCUGAGACGACACGCCAGGAGUCGGUCUUGAAUGACAUGCGUCUUGUUCUUGCUAAGCACGCCGUGAGUCCCUCGACCUCCAUGGACAUCGAGAAGGAGAAGCUCACGACGAGCGAGGACGACCAGGAAACGCUGCUGUUGAUGUAG